AUGGAAAAAAGGCAUGCACAAAAUCGAGCUGUUUUAGAAAAUAUUUUACCGGCGCAUGUCGCCGAAUAUUUUCUCAGAGAAAAUGAAAGGACUGAAUUAUAUUCAGAAGCUCGAGAUAAUGCUGCAAUUGUGUUUAUUACAAUAACUGAAUUUGAUAAAUUUUAUAUGGAAUUAGAUGCUAACAAUGAGGGUGUUGAAUGCUUACGACUUCUCAAUGAAAUUAUCGCUGAUUUUGAUAUGCAACUCAGUCGUGAUGAGUUUAAAUGUAUUGAAAAGAUUAAAACAAUCUCGACCACUUAUAUGGCAGCCUCGGGAUUAUUUGGUAAAGUGACCGAUCAUUCGCACGUUGUCGCCAUCGUAUUAUUUGCUAUUCGCCUUUUAGCUCUUAUACAACAUAUCAAUGAACAUUCGUUUAAUAAUUUUAAUCUUAGGAUAGGCAUCAAUGUUGGUCCGGUAGUAGCAGGAGUUAUUGGUGUGAAAAAACCGCAUUAUGAUAUUUGGGGUAAUUCGGUUAAUGUUGCUAGCAGAAUGGAUAGUUCCGGUGUUGCAGGCAAAAUACAAAUAACAGAAGAAACGAAAAAUAUCUUAGAAAAAGAAGGCUUUGAAUUUGAAUGCCGUGGCAUAAUUAAUGUAAAAGGUAAAGGUGAUAUGAAGACGUAUUUCAUCAAA